GUUGUUCUCACAGAUCAAUCGAAUUUCAAAUUUCUUCAAAUUAGAAUCAAUUGAGAAGCAGUACUAGUAAAAUGGACGACGACCGCAAUCCAUCGCCGCACCGCCGCGCCGGAGCGAAGUCGUGCGCGGCGCUGGCGAUCGGAGACUGCGUGGCGCUGUGCUGCUGCCCGUGCGCGGUGGUCAACUGCUUCGUGCUGGCAUUCGUGAAGCUGCCGUGGGCGGUGGCGCGCCGCCGCCUGCGGAGGAGCCGGCGGCGGGUGGAGGUGGAGGAGGAGAGGAAGUGCGAGCUUGAAAUCGUGGUCGCCGGAGAGGGAGUAAGCGCGGAGGAGUUGUGGAUUGAGCUGGCCGAGAUUGGCCACUUGGGUUUUGGGAGGAUUUCUUCUGCUGGAAUUAAUUACUACAAAAAGGGCAAUUGAGUGAACUCGUAUCUGAAAUCUUUGGGUUCAAGCGUUGCCAACUCUACCACAAGACCAUCAGAGACGAACAAGCUAAGCCUUUCUUGUAAGCUAUGUUAAGUGUUUAUGGAUAAUUUUAACAAGUUAUGAUUGUAUUUAAA